UGGAUGAUCGCGAGCUUGCGGCUCUUGGAUUGUUUGGCUUCGGACCCAGCUAGCGAGACCGAUCGCAGUCGUUUUUAUUUUUUCCGUUGUUCAACUUUUUGGGGGUGUGCAGUGUUUGGUUCCAGUCGUCGUCGGGGGUGUCUUGUGUGUGAUAUUGGUCGGGGUUGAUUGUGUCGGAGAGAAGGGUGUUGGUGAAGGGAUUGGAUUCCUGCUUGUGAAUCGCUUCUUUUUUCUGAGGUUUGCGCAGCUUGAUGCAAUACUUGUUCUCGCCUUUGGAUCGCUUUUGUAAUUGGGUUAGUGUUUUGGAGCCUCUUCGCUGGCUUAGCUGCCAAUACUUACAUUAACUAGAUCCCUUCUCUAUGAGACUCAAAAAGCUUCCCUAAAGCAAUAUCUUCAUUAAACCUUCCUGUACACUGCAUGCUAUAUAUAUAUAUAUAUAUAUAUAUAUGUGUAUUUGUAUUUUACUCUCACUGCGUUGUUGAAUCCUCUUUAGCUGAUAAGCAGUGAAGCACCGAAAUUAGGAUCACCUUUAGCAAUAGGUUGGAUUCGAGAACAUGUGGCGUUACGGAGUACGGGAAUACUUUUAGUAUCGUUUCUACCUUUUCAGGAGGACAUUUGUGGAAUAUUUGUUUUUUUUUUUUUUUGUCUUUUUUUUGGUUUUUUGUUUUUUGUUUUUUGUUUUAUCGAGCUUUCUUAUCUGCAAACGUAUCCUUUGAAUCAAUUGACUUACCUCGAUCCAAGGCUGAUCUAUACCUUUUUUAAUUUUGCUUUUAGUUUUUAAUUUUUGCUGAUGGUGGUUGUUAAAACAAUCGAGGUUUGCCGAGAGAAACAAUUUCUCUGAGCAGUGGCACUUCAUACCAGUUAGCAAACAGGAUCUAGAGAUUGCAGUUUGAGUCGCAACCCAAAUUGCCUGAAUAGAUGUCAACCUUGAUCACCGCUCAUACAUCACGUUGCUGACCAAGGAUGGUGAGAGACGAUUCGCCAAGGUUCAGCAAGCCGGACCGUAGUGAGGAUUCUGUCAGUCCUGAGGAGAAAGAAGAGCAUGAACGCAAGGUGCGAGCCUUUUUGGAGGCAAAUACGCCCAAACGAAAGCUGAAACCUGCGCGUAGUGAUGCUGAUGACUUGGCGUCUAAUGGUCAUGACGGAGGCGACGACACCACCCAAUUCGACCCACCUGAGCGGGUGAAGUAUCUUCAACUUGUCGCUAAUGGUGUCCCUUUGGAAACAACGGGCUCUGGGGAAGUGAUGGAAGACUUCACUGAAAGUGAGUACUACAAGCACAUGACUUCCAUUGACAAGGAGCAUUACACGACUGGCAGCGGCUUCAUCCAAGUUGAAAAAACUUCUCAAAGCUUCCACCUUUACAUGAAGAAUCCAAGAUCUCGUAGCUUUCGGGAGCGCUACCGUUGUAACCCUGGACGAUUAGAUGAUUGGGGUAUCACAUCCCCUACCAGUACGUCUGCAUCCAAUGCCAAGGAACCAUAGUGGAACGAUUCAGAGUAGUGAACAUAACGUAGAUAUGUUGUGGCACAACAUGAGACAGCUUGUUAUUGGAACUUGUGUGCAACUGUAGUGGGUCGGUGCAGUGUAGCUCCUGCUGUGUAGUGUUGUUACCUACUCUCGAGGAGCUGAAAGCUUGAACUAUGAUCAGCUUUGAAAUGACACAAUUGAGCGUGCAGAUGGACUACUCGAAGCUAGAAUACGGUGGUAGUAAGUGUACAAUUAAUAUAUCUUCCUACUCCGAGUGCCUUAUGGACUGAGAAGUGCGUUAACAUACAGAUCACAUGACAGCGUUCACUGCA